UGGGAAGUAAAACUGAAGGGAAGCCCCCGAUGCUCCAGUAUUUAAGUGAGCUACUUCUGUUCUUCAGUUAUAAUCUGACUGACCCAGACGAGCUCAGUUCAUCCAGAACAAGAACAAGAAGACCAUGAAGACUCUUGCAGCUUUUCUUCUUCUGUCCUGCCUGAUCGCUGGAGAGGUCAAUGGUCAGGACAGAUCUUCAAGAGCCAGAUGCUUCUGUGUAGACAAAGGUCUAAACAUGGUCUUACUGAAGAAUCUUGAGAAGGUGGAAAUCUUCCCUCCGAGUCCAUCUUGCAACAAACAUGAGAUUGUUGUGACUCUGAAAAACGGUGCAGGACAGAAAUGCUUGAAUCCAGACUCAAAAUUCACCAAAAAUGUCGUCUUAAAGGCUAUUGGGAAAAGGAUGCAGCAGUCUGUGCCACACAGUACAACAACUGGCACAGUGAAGAGCUCCAUGACUUCAUCAACAUCAGCACCGACUGCCUUUAAAUGAUUCCUGACAUGUCUGCUGUAUUUAUACACUGCCCAAACAAGCUCAAUUUAGAGGGAAGAGUCUUUAAGCUGAUUAUUAUUAUUAUUUAAUUUUAUUUUUAUCAGACCACUGAAUUUUGAAAAUGCUUUUUUACAGGAAACUGAACAAUGUGUCAUAUGUAGUUUUAUAAUCUACUGUUUAAAUGUACUUUUGUCGCACACAACUAUAGUGUCAAAUAAAACUUUUAUAUUUAAAUGA